GCUAGGGAGGCUGGGAGUAGGCGGCCGCUUCGCGCUCUGCGUCCCCGGGACUUUGCCAUGGGCUGGGGGCAGCGGCGGCGGCGGCAGCAGCGGCGGCGGCGCCCGGACAGCAGCAGUGGCUGCGGCGCCCACAUCUGGCUCAGAAGCUAAAGAGGGGCGGCCGGGGAGGAGAGAAAGCGGGGGAUGAUGGCAGCGUCCAGCAACUCCAGCUUGUCGGGCUCCUCGGUUUCCUUGGAUGCUGAAGAAUACCAGCCUCCAAUAUGGAAAUCAUACUUGUAUCAGUUGCAGCAGGAAGCACCAAGACCCAAGAGAAUCAUCUGUCCUCGGGAGGUGGAGAACAGACCGAAAUAUUAUGGACGAGAGUUUCACGGGAUCAUCUCUCGAGAGCAAGCAGACCAGCUCCUUGGGGGUGCCGAGGGGGCGUAUAUUCUCAGAGAAAGUCAGCGACAGCCCGGUUGCUACACGUUAGCACUAAGGUUCGGGAACCAGACCCUUAACUACCGGCUUUUCUAUGAUGGGAAACACUUUGUGGGAGAGAAGAGGUUUGAAUCCAUCCACGACUUGGUGACAGAUGGCCUGAUCACACUGUACAUAGAAACAAAAGCCUCCGAAUACAUUUCCAAAAUGACAACAAACCCCAUGUAUGAACACAUUGGCUACGCCACUUUGCUAAGAGAGAAGGUGUCCAGGAGACUGAGCCGGUCCAAGAACGAGUCGAGAAAAGCGAGCGUGACCAGCGAAGAGCACCAUCCCGCUGUGGAGAAGAUUUCCUCCCUGGUGCGGAGAGCAGCCCUCGCGCAGAAUGACAACCACUGCAACUAUGAGAAGACCCACAACUUCAAGGAGCCAACACUUCUGAAUCCAUCUAACCGCAUCAUUGUCCGGCUACAUCCCUCUACCUUGUCCAAAGGGAAAGCAUGAGAGACUUGGUCAACUGUGGAGCUUUAGACAAACUGUCUGCCUGGCACUCUGCCGAUCUACCUUUCCAGCAAUCCUCUCCCAAAAAAGGGAAAUGAAGUCAGUCGCCCAUGCCCGCUUCUCAAUGAAGACAUGCUGGCCCUUCAUGAGCACUACUUCUGUCCUCGCUAUCGAGAAUGC